ACGGGGCUCUGAGCUGUAAUUCCUGUGACCCAGACAUGUACGUGCCAGAUGUCACAGGAUGGCGGCCGGGGGAUCCUUCCUCGCGCCAUAAGCACGCCAACACGGCAUUCGCUCUUGGGAACUUGAGGAAGAAGGUGUUACAAGUUGAAAGGCUGAAAGUUGAUCAGACAUGGCGUUGCGAGGAUCACUGGUCAGACUACCUCCUAUGUGGUCUCCUGUUUUGACCACAAGUCCAAGAAUCCUUGCGGUUCCUGCCAGACAGACCCAUAGCACAGAGGACAAACUCAAGGAUAUUAUCCAAGCCGCUCCUGCAACUGCGGCUGCGUGUGGUAGUGCCAAACCUGCAGGAAAGCUGGGACUGAGAGACCAUCACGUUAAUACACUGGAGAAAUACUUGCUGGUUUGGGGCGGAAAGUUCAAAAGUGUUGCCGAUGUUCCUGAAUUGGUGAGCCAAGAUGUCCUGGAACGUGCCCGUAACAAGGCAAGAAUCAAAAUCAACAUCUGGAUGGGUGUUGCAACCCUGUUUGGCUGCGCCUACAUGAUCUGGUCGGGCAAGAAGGCACACCGAGAAGGCCAGUCUCUCCUGAACAUGAAUUUGGAGUGGCACAGGAAAGUGAAUGAGGAGGCAAAGGUGGCUAAGGAGAAAGAGGCUCAUCAUGUGGACGUGGCAAAGCUGUAGAGAGGAAGUCUCGGCUUUUCAGGCAUUGAUGUAGCAUUGUUGUUUUUAUGUAUUUUUGUGUUAUAUUUAUUUCCUUUAUUAUUAUUAUUAUUUUUUUAUUGUUAUAUUUUAAUUAAGGAGUUUAGAAAAGACAGAAAGGAGAGAGUAAGCUUUCCUGAUAUGGUCUGGAGAAAUUACCUUUCAAUUAUAGGAGAGAGUGUUCGUAUCUUCCUUAAUGCUUUUUAUAUACAGCAUUUGAAUCCAUGCUUUGCAGCUGUGAUCAUAUGAUAUAAGUAAUGGCAAAACUAGGUUUGUCCACAGUUUAAUGAGUAUUUUUGUCCAAUGAGAAUAGUUUCUUAGUCUUAACUAUUUUCUUUAAAAUUCCUUUCAUCAAGUGAGUGGAUAUCCCACGGAGGAAAGUCUUAGGAGGAUAACCACUCAAUAAACCUAGCAACCUCAUUACAACAGUGACAAUCCUUAACAACUCCCCCAGUAAUUUGUGUUGUGAUGAACUGGUCAUUGAGGAGGAGGGAGACGUUGCUUUGUGAUGCAUUAACACAAUCCAGAGAAGUGUGUGUGUUCAUAAUAGGAUUCCAGGUGGACUGCAUGUGCCCAUCAAAAAUCCAUUUGCAGCACCUCAUUCACUCCUGAAAUGUUUGUCUAAUUGCUGGUUCGCACAUGGUGGGGAUAAACACUAGUGUAAGCUUUAUUAUAUGCAACAUUUUGCAAGGGAUUAUAAUUGUGUUCUGUCUGGUUGAUGCUUGGUUUUCAGUCUCUCAAAGCUUCAUCAUGGAUUUUACAAGCAUCAUCUUCAAGUUCCUUUAUCGCUAGAAAAUCAUAUAAAUAUGCCAUGUGCGGUUUCAUUUAAAAAUUCAAUAGGAAGUGAUGUAUAGUAUAUCCUCCUUAUCUAUAGGCUGUGAAUGAGCAUUUUUUAAAUAAUUACCGCCCAGUUUCCUGAAAAGAAGAUGAGAAAGAAGUAUGAUGUUUGUAUAUAUAAUAGCUUGACAUAUUAAGUGUGGCUUAGAUUUUCAAAAAAGAAAAGAGCUCCUUUAAAAGCAACUUGUGGAAGAUAUAUAUGUUUAUGAUAAGCAAGGCAAAGACCCUGAAAGUACAUAUAUUUUUUCCACUCAUAUUAUUAGCCUGCUAUUUUAAAGAGGAAGGAAAAAUAUAACAUGUGAUAAAAAAUUAACAUAAUUUCAUGUUCACAAUUUAGGGAAGGAUAAUAUGUAAAGGUAUAAUUGUAGUAACUUUUGUACUUUUUUAUCAUGUUAAUUUUGUACCAAAGAUUCAUGGACAAUAAUAUGCCUUGUAAAUGUUCAAAUGAGUGAAAAAAAAAAUCUAUUAAAUAUGGACAUCUUUUUAUUAGAUAUUUUACAUGUUAUAAUGGAAUAUAUUAGCUUUAAAUUACUCAUAUGAUAUAUAAUGAUUUAUAUUGUAGAUUUUCAUGUUAUGACAUGUAUUUUUGUAAUGUGAAUCUGAUGACAAUAAUAAACUAUAUCAAUUUUACUAUAAGUAGAAUAAAAGCUUAAUUUUUCAGCGUGUUUUUUAUGUAACCAUUUGCAGUGAAAUGUGUCACCAUUUUCUGAAACACUAAUACUUAUUUUUUACAUUUGAAGUUGCAUUUACAGGUACAACUUUAGAUAUGAAUUUGAAUUCGUGGUGAGAAUUAUCCUCUCAUUUAAGAAAAUUUGAUUGAUCUAUUUCCUUACAUGAUUAAUAACUAUUAUUCUUUCCAGUUAAACUGUCUAUUUGUUUCAUGGUAUUCUUGGAAAUUAAGUGAUUAAUAUUUGCAUUUCUAAAGUAUUAUAUAAGUAGAUAUUUUUGUGAAAUGUUUAGAGAAUGGAGUUAGAUUUUUGUUAGUUAAUUUUUGGAAAAAUAAAUUCAUAUUUUGUGAAAGUGAUAGAAAACAUAAUCUGAAGCUUAAGUCAUUUACAUUUUCACUAAUAAUAACAUUGCAAAUUGACAUUUCUUUGAAAAAAA